GAAAGAACUCGUGUGUCGUCACUUCCGCCUGCCCGUGCUUUUUCCUCGGAGCAGCCCCGUGUCUCUUUCUUUUCGCACAUCAUGGCGGACCGGUUCAAUAAGGUUCUGCUACUUGAUGGCAGGGGCCAUCUACUUGGUCGGCUCGCUGCCCUCGUGGCGAAACAGGUUCUGCUGGGUCACAAAGUGGUGGUUGUGAGAUGUGAGGGCAUCCAAAUCUCUGGCAACUUCUACCGUAACAAGCUGAAGUACCUGUCUUUCCUGCGCAAGAGGAUGAACACCAACCCCUCUCGUGGACCGUUCCACUUCAGGGCUCCUAGCAGGAUCUUCUGGAGGACAGUCAGAGGCAUGUUGCCCCACAAGACCAAGAGAGGUCAGGCUGCUCUGGAGAGGCUGAAGGUGUUUGACGGUAUCCCCCCACCCUAUGACAAGAGGAAGCGUAUGGUCGUCCCAGCUGCUCUGAAGAUUGUGCGCCUGAAGCCCACUCGCAAGUACGCCCUCCUCGGCCGUCUGGCACAUGAGGUCGGCUGGAAGUACCAGGCCAUCACAGCCACCCUGGAGGAGAAGAGAAAGGAGAAGGCCAAGCUCCGCUACUGCAAGAAAAAGACACUGGUCAAGCUGACCAAGGUGGCUGAAAAGAACGUUGAGGGCAAGAUUGCAGCCUACACAGCUGUUCUGAAACAGUACGGAGUCCUUGUCUGAACUGGUUCCCUCUGGCCAAUAAAGAUAAAUAAAUGUUUAUAAA